AUGAAAGAAACAUUAUUUCCGCUGAUAAACAAUAUAGUUUUUGCAAUUCUCUUUCUUGGAGCUUUGAUCGGUAUCAUCAGUUUUUACUGCCGUAUAGCAGUGCGUGUUAAACAGCAGAUGAAAUGGAAAUACAGGUCUAAGGGUGGAAUUGAAAUCCGCGAAACAGAAAUUGAAAUGACUCCUGUAUCUGUAUCUAAAGAAACAGUUGAAGAACAAACAGACGAGAUAUACGGAGUGGACAGUGCCACAGCAGAAGACAAUGGUACACCAGAAUCCAUUCCAGCAAACAAAGACAGAGGGAUGAGACAAGACACUCUCGAAAUCAAGGGAAAUGGGAACGUCGACAAGAACAAAAUUUCAUCUCCAAGUGUUGAUUUAUCAAAGUCAAAGAGAUACAGAACGACAUGGAUAAUGUUUAUAGUUUCCAUAGCCUUCAUAAUCUCAUAUGUUCCACUGAUUUCGUUACUUCUGAUCCGAUCAUUGAACAAAACUUUCGUGGCCUCUUUGAGUGACUUAGAUAGAUCCGUGUACAAGUUUUUUCUGAGGUCAUACUUUCUAAACGGUGCUAUCAAUCCUGUGAUAUAUGGAAUACUUGAUGCUAGGUUUAGAAAGUCAUCUCUAGUGGACCCCAAAAAUGGGCCAAGUGCCCCAAUUCGAUCAAAUAUUGGUGAGGACCUUACAUUGAUACUACAGGAAAAGUUUGAUGAAGAUCCAAGUCGUUCAUAA